AUGUCUGCAACCGCAAGUAAAUGUUAUGGAGUAGAAAGCGUUUCUAAUUUCUCCAGUACAAUUGAAGUUCCUGGCUAUUUUCCAAAAAUGUUGACGGAAUGGUCUAAAUGUGCACUACGUACUCAACCUUCAGAAUUGAUUCGAUGGUCUGCAAUUUACUUUGACAUGAAAUCUAAUGGUGAACAUCCACCAAUAAAACCCUAUUUGGAUCCACCUGGUCAAAUAUUAGGACCCGGUGGAUUGACUAUAAAUGCUUUGAAAUCACUAGCCAUGACUUUGUCUAAUGAAUUCGAGACUUACGAGAAAAUUGAACAAAUAUGGGAUAUCUUAUCACUUGAUAAAGAUGUAUUAUUAGAAAUAGUUAAAAUCGGAAAAUUUGAACAACUUAAUAAUAUCAAACCAAAUGAAUUUAUAGGAUUUGCUACGGCUUAUCUGAAUGAUAGGCUAAGAAAUACGAUGAUUAUGUUGUGCGAUAUAUUGUCAAAAGAUAAUUUGAAGGGCAUUAUAUUGGAUGAUUUUGUGACUGUUUAUCGAUAUUUGGCACGACUCAAUUGUACAGAAGCAUUAUCGUCGAAUAAAAGUGACAUAGUGUUUUAUGAUAAAAUGAAUAUUGAAGAAAACGACAGUCAGUAUUUUAAGUAUACGGAUUCUCAUUCGAGUAGUUUGAAAGACGAAUGUUCUUACGGUAGUGGAAACGAAGGAACCAAUUUAUUGGAUUCGCUAUCUAUGGAAGGCAUAACAAUUUGGCAAAACGAUAACGACGAACUGAAAUCGUUAACAGAUAUGUUAAAUAUUCACGAAAUAAUCCCACCAACGGUAAAUACUAAUAUUUGUGGUGAUUUUUUAUCACCAACAAAGACACUGAAAGAAUAUCUGAACAACGAAGAUCUUUUAUCGUUACUCAGCGUUUCAAGUAUUAUAUCAAAACCUGAUUCGUCGGAAAUCUCACUAGAUGCAUCGCCGAACGAUAUGAAACUAAUAGAUGAAAAUACGAUAGCCGAAGAAUAUAAUUAUAACGAGGAAACAAUGACUAGCGGUCGUACGUCUUCGGUGUUGAACGAUUUGGAUUCCGACGAAAAAGAUACUAGAAGUGCUCAAAAUGACACAGAUGAAAUUAUAAACGACGAUGUCAUUAACGAGUCAAAUACCAUUCAGGAUAUAACUUCAGAGGGAAAUAUCGAAAUAAGCACUGUGGUGAAAUACGAAGACACUAUUAAUGAUAUGGAUAAUGAAACAUACGAAGAUGACAAUACUAAUAAUACUAUAAAAAAAAUGGAAAUAAAUACCGAUUUUAUUGUCAUGUUGGCUUUGGUUGAGGGGAAAAAUAAUAAUAACUCGGGACAAAAAAUAACUACCGAGAACAACGAACAUAAUUUAGAAGAAGACAAUGAAUCCACCAAAUCUGAGUUUUCGUUGUUAAAUAGAACCGAAUUAAACGAUACAACGAACAUUGAGCAAGGAAAUGACGAUGAGAUCGUAUUUAAUCAGACCUUUAAUGAAAAUGUUUAUAUAAAUACUGGAAUAGAGAGUACAGACGCGAGUGAAACGAGUGAUUCGGAUGAAUUCCAAUAUUCAGAGAUCGACCAACAAAGCCAACAUAGUAUGACAUCGAUAAUGUCGAGAAAAAGCUCCGUCCAAACAUCCAAUAUCACCGAUAUAGUGUUAACGACGAUAGACAAAAAUAUAGACGAAUUAUUAGUAAAUAACGAGUUGUCGAUUUCCGCGGACGAGUUUGGACUUACCGAUGCGACCGUCGAGGAAACCGAACAUUGUUCGUAUGAUAAAAACGAAGACGAAUUAAAGUUUUCAUAUAUAUCUUCGGUCGAAUCGAUCAAGAAUAAAUGCGAAGAAACCGAAUCUUUUCGGACGGAAGAACACGUACGCGUACUCGCUGGUAUUGGACCUGCUAUACCGGAAAAACAAAUACAACUAGUGGUCGACUGGGUGGCCAAAUGCGCUAGUAAUCAAAAUAAUUACGUACAAGAACAAAAUUUAUUACAUUUUCUAUGUCCACCAUUAGACCAUAUAUUAAUGGAUUCUGAUGACAUAUGUAUUUAG